AUGGCUUUCACAAAUUACAGCAGUCUGAAUCGAGCACAGCUAACCUUUGAAUAUCUGCACACAAAUUCAACUACUCAUGAAUUCUUGUUCGGUGCUCUUGCUGAACUGAUUGAUAAUGCAAGAGAUGCUGAUGCCACCAGAAUGGAUAUUUAUGCAGAAAGGCGAGAGGAUCUUCGAGGAGGAUUUAUGCUUUGCUUUUUGGAUGAUGGAGCAGGAAUGGAUCCAAAUGAUGCUGCCAGUGUGAUCCAGUUUGGGAAGUCAGCCAAACGCACGCCUGAGUCCACCCAGAUCGGGCAGUAUGGGAAUGGGUUAAAGUCAGGCUCCAUGCGCAUCGGGAAGGAUUUUAUCCUCUUCACCAAGAAGGACGAUACCAUGACCUGCCUCUUCCUGUCUCGCACCUUUCACGAGGAGGAAGGCAUUGAUGAGGUGAUAGUCCCAUUGCCCACCUGGAAUGCUCAGACCCGGGACCCUCUCACAGACAACUUGGAAAAGUUCUCCAUAGAGACAGAGCUCAUCUACAAGUACUCCCCCUUCCACAACGAGGAGGAACUGAUGGCUCAGUUCACGAAGAUUCCUGGGGACAGUGGAACGCUGGUGAUCAUCUUCAAUCUCAAACUCAUGGAUAACGGAGAGCCAGAGCUGGACAUAGUCUCAAACCCAAGAGAUAUCCAGAUGGCAGAGACUUCCCCCGAGGGCACGAAGCCGGAGCGGCGCUCCUUCCGAGCCUACGCUGCCGUGCUCUACAUUGACCCCCGAAUGAGGAUCUUCAUCCACGGGCACAAGGUGCAGACCAAGAGGCUCUCCUGCUGCCUGUACAAACCCAGGAUGUACAAGUAUACUUCCAGCCGCUUCAAGACCCGGGCAGAGCAGGAAGUGAAGAAAGCUGAGCACGUAGCACGGAUUGCUGAAGAUAAGGCCCGGGAGGCGGAGAGCAAAGCACGGGCUUUAGAGCUGCGCUUGGGUGGAGACGUCACGCGGGACUCCAGGGUGAUGCUGCGGCAGGUGCAGAACGCAGCCAUCACCCUGCGCAGAGAAGCUGACGUCAAGAAGCGGAUCAAGGAUGCCAAGCAGCGAGCACUUAAGGAGCCUAAGGAACUGAAUUUUGUUUUUGGGGUCAACAUCGAACACCGGGAUCUGGACGGCAUGUUCAUAUACAACUGCAGCCGCCUGAUCAAGAUGUAUGAGAAAGUGGGACCGCAGCUGGAAGGGGGCAUGGCGUGCGGCGGGGUUGUUGGGGUUGUUGACGUGCCCUACCUGGUCCUGGAGCCUACACACAACAAGCAGGACUUCGCUGACGCCAAGGAGUACCGGCACCUGCUGCGGGCGAUGGGCGACCACCUGGCCCAGUACUGGAAGGACAUCGCCAUCGCCCAGCGGGGAAUCAUCAAGUUCUGGGAUGAAUUUGGCUACCUCUCUGCCAACUGGAACCACCCCCCAUCCAGUGACGUGCGUUACAAACGCCGGAGGUCCAUGGAAAUCCCCACCACCAUCCAGUGUGAUUUGUGUCUGAAGUGGCGGACCCUCCCCUUCCAGCUGCAUUCUGUGGAAAAGGAGUAUCCUGACACCUGGGUUUGCUCCAUGAACCCUGACCCUGAGCAGGACCGGUGUGAGGCUUCUGAGCAGAAGCAGAAGGUUCCCCUGGGGACGUUAAAAAAGGACCUGAAGACACAGGAAGAGAAGCAGAAGCAGCUGACGGAGAGAAUUCGCCAACAGCAGGAGAAGCUGGAGGCCCUGCAGAAGACCACCCCCAUCCGCUCCCAAGCUGACCUGAAGAAGCUGCCGCUCGAAGUAACCACUAGACCUCCCUCCGAGGAACCUGCACGCAGACCUCAGCGUCCACGCUCACCUCCUUUACCUGCUGUGAUCAAGAAUGCCCCGAGCAGACCCCCUGCCCUCCAACCUCCCAGGCCAACCAGGAAGGCUCCUGUCAUCAACAGCAUCCCAAAGCCGCCUGCCCUGGCAGCCCGGGAGGAGGCCUGUACGUCCAGGCUCCUUCAGCCCCCCGAGGCACCCCGAAAGCCUGCUAACACUGCAGUCAAGACGGUGACGGUGCCUCGGUCCACCCCUCCGGUGCAGCCGCCGACACCAUCUCCACUGCCCAACUCCAAGAGCCCUCGGGAGGUGCCCUCCCCCAGAGCCGCCAAGAUGCCCGUGGUCAAGAGGCCAGAGCCGCCUAGUAAACCUGCCCCGGCCACCCAUGGUCGGAAGCGGGCUAUCGAUGCCUCUGAUGAGGAGGAAGCUGAGGAAGAGGCUGUGGAGAGGAGGGAGAGACCCAAGCGGGGCAAGAUCACUGUGAAGGAGGAAAAGAAGGACCUGAGUGAGCUAUCAGACAGUGCUGAGGAGGAGGACUCCGCUGAGCUCAAGAAGGCGCAGAAAGAUAAAGGUCUGCACGUGGAGGUGCGUGUGAACAGGGAGUGGUACACCGGCCGCGUCACAGCGGUGGAGGCAGGCAAGCAUGCGGUGCGGUGGAAGGUGAAGUUUGACUACGUGCCCACAGACACAACGCCGAGAGACCGCUGGGUGGACAAAGGCAGCGAGGAUGUGCGGCUGAUGAAGCCCCCUUCGCCGGAGUACCAGACGCCUGACACCCAGCAGAACGGAGGUGAGGAGGUGGAGUCCACAGUGGCCAAGCUGGUUGAGGCCCAGCCGUCUGUGGCCGUGCCAGACGCCUCCACUUCCGAAUGCGUCCGCAUUGAGCCUGACACCACCGCCCCCAACUCCAACCACGAGACCAUCGACCUGCUCGUCCAGAUCCUCCGGAAUUGUUUACGGUACUUCCUGCCUCCAAGCUUCCCCAUCUCCAAAAAGGAGCUGAGUGCUAUGAAUUCAGAUGAGCUGAUAUCCUUUCCUCUGAAAGAGUACUUCAGACAGUACGAGGUGGGGCUCCAGAACCUGUGCCACUCCUACCAGAGCCGCGCCGACUCGCGGGCCAAGGCCUCGGAGGAGAGCCUGCGCGCCUCUGAGAGGAAGCUCCGUGAGACGGAGGAGAAGCUGCAGAAGCUGAGGACCAACAUCGUGGCUCUCCUGCAAAAGGUGCAGGAGGACAUUGACAUCAAUACGGACGACGAGCUGGACGCCUACAUCGAAGACCUGAUCACCAAGGGGGACUAA